CUUAAUUAAUAAGUAAGCUAUAAUCAAAAUUUAAUCUAAUUACAAAAUAGAAGUAGAUAUUAAACUUGUACAAAAAUGGCAAAUUCAUCAAUUAACAAUAGCAUGUUUGAUUAUUUCGAGUCUUAUAUGAGGAAGAAACAUAAAAAAAGAUACACUCCUGAUCUAAGGGAAUACAGCUCUAAAAAGACAUUGAUCGAAGACUCAAUAGAAGAAGCUUAACAAGAGAUAAAUGAUGAAAAUAGAAAGGGGUAAAUUUAGAAAAAAGGAUUUUAGACUCCUCGAAACAAUGAGCUCAUUGAUACAAACAACAGAAUUUUAUAAUCUAAAAUAAUGCUAACUGGAUAGAAAAAGGUCGCCAAACAUAUCUUAAACAGCAACACAGAAUCUUCGCCUAAAAAAGAAGAAGGAUAAAAAGAAAUAUUCUAAAAUCUAAGAGAAUGCUUUAGCUUUAUUCCCUAGUAAAAUUUGGUAUAAGAUAAAAAGCUGAAUCACAUAAAUAUAAAACGAAAAGAUGAAGAUGAUAAAAAAGAAAAACAUUUUAAUUUACCACCAAUCACACAACACUAUAUAGAUACAUAAAAUCCAAUAUUUAAUUACCAAAGUUUUCAUUACAACUAACUUUCUUUACUGUCAUCAAAUUCUAAUGAUAAAAAAAUAUCUUUCAAGACUACAAGAAAAAAUACAAUGUUAAAGAGAUUUGAUGAAAAACCUGUUUGCAACAUGAAUUAAAAAAAUAACAUCCAAAUAAAAAUAGGAGAAGUUAAUCUAUAAGCUAAAAAGUGCUACACUGACUUCGAUAGCAUCAAGCUUGACAGCGUUAACAUUAUGAAUAAUAGCUCUUUCAAAAGCUAUGAUUUUCAAGAAGUUUAAAAACAGGCAAUAAUAUAGUAAGCUGAAAAGUAGCAGCAAAAGGAAAUUAGAAAAAUCAAUAACUUAAAUAGAGGUUUAGAUCGCCUUAACUUUUAAAAGGGAAGAUAGAAAAUACAACCUUCGCCAUAAGAGCCUUUUAUAGGUUUAGUCUUUUAAGAUUAUGAGAAUUACACACCAAUACAUUCAAGCAACUACAGAAGAAGUCCGUUAAUUCCAGAUUAAGAAUAAAAUCAAUCUUUUGAAUUACCUUUAUAAUCUAUUGCGGACUCUAGUCACCAUACAAUUACAAAUAAAAAAUUAAAAUCAAAUAAAAUUAAUCAUUCUUUUUUUUGA